GGUGCACACGCGCAGCGUCGUGGGGGCGUGGCAGCGCAGCACGCUCCGCCCUGGGCCGACGUUGACGGAGAGGAGCGCGGUUUCAAAUUCAGCCACGUUCCAUUGUGAUUCCUCUGGGGCCGGGCCUCGGCGAGGCAGUCCUGCUGGCGAAGAGGGACCAUGGCUAAUAAAACCCCGGAAGUUGGUGACAUCCAUUUCCCUUUUCCCUUCACACCGUAUUCCAUCCAGAAGGACUUCAUGGCAGAGCUAUACCAAGUGUUGGAGGCUGGCAAGAUUGGGAUAUUUGAGAGUCCAACCGGCACUGGAAAAUCCCUAAGUCUUAUUUGUGGGGCCCUUUCCUGGCUCCGUGACUUUGAACAGAAGAAACGUCAAGAGGAGGCUCGUCUCCUUGAAACGGGAACUCUUCCCUUAAAAGUUGGGAAGGACCAGCCCCCGUCUCUCUCAUCCUCCUGCCAAGAGACCCCAGAUGUCCUGAGGCCUGCUGGGGAACCUGACUGGGUUGCUCAGUUCGUGCAGAAGAAGGAAGAAAGGGACUUGGUGGACCGCCUCCAGGAGGAGCGGGUUAGGAGGAGAAAGCGAGAAGAACGCCUGCGGCAGAUCCGCCACAAUGCACAGCUCAAGCAUGCAGCCAAGCGCGUGAGACAAGAAGAAGAAGAAACUGAGCGCCUCCUCCGCCUCAGCCGAGAGAUGCUGGCAGGAGGACCAGGGGCGGAGCAGCUAGAGCAGCUAACUGGGGAGGAGGAGCUGGUCCUCGCAGAGUACGAGAGUGAUGAGGAGAAAGGAACAGCUAGUGGAGUAGAUAAGGAUGAGGAUGACCUGGAGGAAGAACAUGUAACUAAGAUUUAUUACUGUAGUCGGACGCACUCCCAGCUGUCCCAGUUUGUGCACGAGGUGCAGAAGAGCCCCUUUGGUAAGGACACCCGGCUCGUCUCCCUCGGCUCUCGGCAGAACCUUUGUGUAAACGAAGACGUGAGACACCUGGGCUCUGUGCAGCUCAUCAACGACCGUUGCGUGGAGAUGCAGAGAAACAAGCACGAGAGGAAGAGCGAAGCUGAGGAAGAGAAGCCCAAGAAGAGAAGGCAGGAGCCACGGGCCACUUGCCCCUUCUACAACUACGAGCAGCUGCAGCUCCUCCGGGACGAGGUGCUGGUGGAGGUGAAGGACAUUGAGCAGUUGGUGACCCUGGGGAAGGAGGCUCACGCCUGUCCCUAUUACGGGAGCCGGUUCGCCAUUCCAGCAGCCCAGCUGGUGGUGCUGCCCUACCAGAUGCUGUUGCACGCGGCCACCCGGCAGGCCGCAGGGAUCCGGCUGCAGGGCCAGGUGGUGGUCAUCGACGAGGCACACAACCUGAUCGACACCAUCACAGGCAUCCACAGUGCGGAGGUCAGCGGCUCGCAGCUCUGCCAGGCCCAUUCCCAGUUGCUCCAAUAUAUGGAACGAUACGGGAGGCGUUUGAAGGCCAAGAACCUGAUGUACAUCAAGCAGAUCCUGUAUCUGCUGGAGAAGUUUGUGACCGUGCUGGGUGGGAACAUUAAGCAAAAUCCCCACAGCCAGCGCCUCUCGCAGACAGGGACAGAGCUGAAGACCAUCAAUGACUUUCUCUUUCUGAGCCAGAUCGACAACAUCAACCUGUUCAAGGUGCAGCGCUACUGUGAGAAGAGCAUGGUCAGCAGAAAGCUCUUUGGCUUCACAGAAAAGUAUGGAGCAGUCCUCGCACCCUCCAGGGAGCAGCCCAGACUGGCUGGGUUCCAACAGUUCCUGCAGAGCCUGCAGCCUGAAGUGACAAAGACUCCUGCAGCCCCUGUAGAGGAGGGGGAGGCCAGGGCGCUGCGGCCUUCUUCCCCACUGAUGCACAUCGAAGGCUUCCUUGCAGCUCUCACCACUGCCAACCAGGACGGCAGGGUCAUCCUGAGCCGCCAAGGCAGCCUCAGUCAGAGCAGCCUCAAAUUCUUGCUCCUGAAUCCGGCCGUGCCGUUUGCCCAGGUGGUGAAGGAAUGCCGGGCCGUGGUCAUUGCAGGAGGCACCAUGCAGCCGGUGUCCGACUUUCGGGAGCAGCUGCUGGCAUGUGCUGGGGUGGAUGCUGAGCGAGUGGUGGAGUUUUCCUGUGGUCACGUGAUCCCUCCAGACAAUAUCCUCCCCCUUGUCGUCUGCAGCGGGCCUUCCAACCAGCAGCUGGAAUUCACCUACCAGCAGAGAGAGCUGCCUCAGAUGAUGACUGAAACAGGUCGCAUUCUCUGUAACCUGUGCAACGUGGUCCCUGGAGGGGUGGUCUGUUUCUUCCCCUCCUAUGAGUACCAACGCCAGGUCCAUGCCCACUGGGACAAGAGUGGCCUGCUGGCCCGCCUGGCUGUCAGGAAAAAGAUAUUUCAAGAACCCAAGAGAGCAAACCAGGUGGAGCAGGUGCUGCUGGAGUAUUCCAAGUGCAUUCAGUGCUGUGGCCAGAUGGGAAGCACCAUGACAGGGGCCCUGCUCCUCUCUGUGGUCGGAGGAAAGAUGAGUGAAGGCAUCAACUUCUCUGACAACCUUGGCCGGUGUGUGGUUAUGGUGGGCAUGCCCUACCCCAACAUCAAGUCUCCAGAACUACAGGAGAAGAUGGCCUACCUGGAUCAGACUCUUCCCAGAACCCCAGGUCAGGUGCCCCCAGGGAAGGCUUUGGUGGAGAAUCUGUGUAUGAAGGCUGUCAACCAGUCUAUAGGCAGGGCCAUCAGACACCAGAAGGACUUUGCCAGCAUAGUGCUCCUGGACCAGCGGUAUGCCCGCCCACCUAUCCUGGCAAAGCUGCCAGCCUGGAUCCGAGACCGUGUGGAGAUCAAAACCACCUUUGGCCCCGCCAUUGCUGCUAUGCGGAAGUUUCAUCGAGAGAGGUCUGGCCCUUCCUGAUGGAUGGCUGCACCGCUGCCUGGUUGCCGGGCUCACUCUUCACCCUGCCCAUUUGAAAUGUUUGUCUUUGGCCUGACCUUGCUUAAGGAGGUGAAACCCAGGUGGAGAAUGUCGAGUCUAGACCAGCCCUUUCUGGAAUCAGUGUGCUGCCAGGACCCCGGCACAGGUGGAAAAGCCAAUAGGAGAAAACAGUGGGUCCUGCUGUCCUUGGGCCCAUCCCAGGGCAGUUCCCCCCCUGGAACUGAAUCUUCCUGUUCAGCAUGGCCAAGUCGAGCUCCCUGCCCUGUUUCCUGACCAGCCUUUGUGGGCAGUGUGGAAGGUGUGGCCUUCCAUGGCAGCAUCCACUUUCUUAGAGGUGAGGUGGAACAGGCCCAUCCUGCCUCUCCCAUUUCCCCUCCUCCCUUUCCAGCUAAAAGUAGCUGUUUUAGACCUUUCACUCUCUCCUCGAAAGUAAGGACGUUCCCCAUUUCCAGCCCCCUGCUGUCCAUAGGGCGCUCUGCCCAGAGGUUUCUGGUCACCUCCCCCACCUGGUCGUCAAGAACUGGGAAAGAGCCCCGUGCCCUGCGGCCACACCUGCAGGCCUCACUGCUGCAGUGCUGGCCCCCAAACUGCCCACAGCAUUUUUCUCUCCCUGCCAUGGCUUCAAGUCCUCCACGGCAGUGGCACCUCCCUCCCUCUCAACCACGUGAGCAGACUCCAAGACACCUCCUCCCUUGACAGCCGCAGUUGUGCCAAGGGCCAUUAGGCUCUCAGCAUGACUAUUUUUAGAGACUCUGUGUCUGUCAGUGAGACAUUUCUCCUCUGUGAAAGUAUCCCUCCCUCCAUCCGCAAUAGCUGCCCCUGCUGACUCCACCUCUCUGCUCCCCCUGACCCCAGAGAAAGGGGCCUUGGUCCACUGGUCCUCUGCCCCCACUGCCUGCAGCCAGCAGGAAUGGGAGGACAGGCUGGCUCGGAGGCAGUGUCUGCGUUCUGCACAGCUGCCGUUCCGUAAUGACAAGUGCACUGUUGGUUCACCCUCA